AAGCUGCGUUUCUUUAUCUGCCGCGCGUCUACUUCCUAGCAUCUACCAUCUCCAGUAUUCUAAGGCCCCUCUUUCGUCUAGGAUCGAUAGCAUAUCCAACAUGUCGUCCGACGACGCCAAACCUAGCCGCCCCGAAAUAACAAUCUCCUCCACCACCGAAAACCCUCCCGCCUUCCUCGACCUCCUCACGCAAGCCUUCCUCACCGACCCCGCCUAUACCUUCUUCCUGCACCGUGUACCCUGGUACCUGCGCCCGGCCGCCCUCUACCACCUCUUCGGCCAGAACCUCAUCGCUUGCUCCGUCCGCCGCCACGGCAGCAGCAAAGCAACAUUCUACGCCGCGUCUACGGAGCCCAACAGCAGCAGCAAUUGCAUUUCUAGCCCGCAAAGCUGCGCGGUGAUCCUGCAUCCAGGUAUGGACGUGCUGGACCUCGGCAUCGGCGGCUGGUGGAAAAUGCUUUGCGGCGGCGCGCUCAAGGCGUUCUGGUACGCGGGGUUUAACCUCAUCCCGCGGUACGUGAAGCACUUCGAGUCGCAGACGAUUCGCGCGAAGAAGGCCACCUUCGCCAAGGGGGAGACGUACUACUACAUGUGGCACAUCGCGACGGAUGCGGCGCAUCGCGGGAAGGGGCUGGCGCCGGCUUUGAUUCGGGAGGUGCAAGAGCGGGCGCAGAGCGAGGGCAAGGCGCUGUGGACGGAGGCGAGCAGUCCAAUGAGUCGGGUGGUGUAUGCGAAGUGUGGGUUUGUGGAUGUGAGGGUUGAGGGGCUCAAGGGGAGUAAGGGAGGGGAGUUUAGACUAGGGGUAGGUGUUGUGGAUGAGAGCGGUGAGAGAGCGGGAGGGGAAGGGGCAGUGGGCGUCCCGGUUUUUCCGAUGGUUUGGUGGCCCGAGGGGUAUGUGAAGGGUGGGGAGCGGAAGUAAGAGGAAGAGAGGGGUCGGUUUGUUGUACAUGGCAAUCAAGUUGAAGAAGAUGGAGAUAUCCCUGGAAGGCGUCAAGGGUAGAUGUAGGUCAACUCGCCUCAUAGAGAGCUCUUUAAUGCAUACCCAUUCGAUCCACUUCUAAGAGUCCAUGAUAUCGUCCGAAGUAAUACUCGACGAAUGAGCCUGUGGCCACGUGGCAUGCACGAAGAGCCCUGAAGCUAAAUCGGACAUGAUUGUC